AUGUUCGCCGCAGCCACCAAGAACUUUGUGAAGCAGGUGGGAGGCACAGGGAAGCUGAUUCCGGUGCCGGGCCUGAGCGAGGCCGACCGGUACCAGCCGCUCAGUCUGGUCAACCGCAAGAGGAGGCGACGCUUCUUUAAGAAAUACAAGUUCUCCUCCACACCCUUCUCCCUCAAAGACAUCCUGGUGGGAGAGAAGGAGGUCACGGCAGGCGUCUCCUCCUACCAGCUGCUGAACUAUGAGGACCAUUCGGACGUGGCCCUGAACGGUCGCCUCGGUAACCACGUUAGCAACGACGUGGGAUUCAACAUCAGCGGCUCCGACUCCGUGGCCGUCAAAGCCUCGUUCGGGAUCGUGACCAAACACGAGCUGGACGUUCCCACGCUGCUGCGAGAACUCAACUCCAGCUCUGACUCUGUUCACAAGCUUCAGGUUUGUGAGGACGAUUCUCCAAGGUCACAGCAGAACGAUACUGCUAUACUUGAAAUAAAGACUGUUGGACCCAAAACCCACCGCGUUAAGUUUGAAACGGGGAAGAAGGGACGCGGAUCGGGAGCCAAGUCCGGAGGUAUGGCCGCGGUGUUGCCCCGCACACUGGGGGAGCUGCAGCUCUACCGGAUCCUGCAGAGGGCCAACCUGCUGUACUACUACGAGGCCUUCAUCCAGCAGGGCGGCGACGAUGUGCAGCAGCUGUGUGAGGCUGGGGAGGAGGAGUUCCUGGAGAUCAUGGCUCUGGUGGGCAUGGCCAGCAAACCUCUGCACGUGCGGCGCCUGCAGAAGGCCCUGAGGGACUGGGUCACGAACCCCUCUGUGUUCAACCAGCCGCUCGCCUCUCUGCCCGUGUGCAGCAUCCCCGUCUACAAGCUCCCCGAGGGCUCCCCCGGCCUGCUGCCCUCUCAGGACCGUCCCGGCAGCGCCAAGAUGGCCAAGGCCCUGCCCUGCUCCGACCCGGGGAAGCUGGAGGUGUCUCGGGAGAAGGUGUCCGCCUCCCCCCUGCAGGGCGGCAGCGAAGGCCGCUUCUGGUCCGGCCACAGUAACGACAGCGAGCACAGCCUGUCCCCGUCAGACCUGGGCUCGCCCUCGUCCCCGAGGGAGGGGCUGGAGGCGCUGGACGCCGCCGCCGUGCAGUCGGUGCUGGAGUGUGUGGAGAGGAUGGCGCCCGGACUGCCCAAGAGCGACAUCAGCGACGUCAAAGAGCAGCUCAAGACCAACAAGAAGCUGGCCAAGAUGAUCGGCCACAUCUUCGACAUGAGCGAGGAGGACCCCCGCCGAGAGGAGGAGAUCCGCAAGUACAGCGCCAUCUACGGGCGCUUCGACUCCAAGAGGAGGGACGGGAAACACCUCACACUCCACGAGCUGACGGUGAACGAGGCGGCGGCCCAGCUCUGCAUGAGGGACAUGGCUCUGCUGACGCGACGGGACGAGCUGUUUGGACUGGCCCGGCAGAUCUCCAGAGAGGUCACCUACAAGUACACCUACCGCACCAGCAAACCUCGAUGUGGCGACAGAGACGAACCAUCUCCAAAAAGAAUCAAAACUGAGGAGAACUUCUUUGACCUGCAGGAGGCGCUGCAGGCCAUCCACAUGAGGCAGGAGAUGCUGAGGGAGCAGCUGGCCUGUGCCAAGUCCAAAGGGGAGGAGUCUGUGGGACGCAACCUUCAGCUGCAGCUGGAGCGGCUGCUGGCUCGGCAGAUGGAGAUCCUUCAGGACGCCGCGGUGCAGGAGAGACUACAGACCCUGGACUGGAGGAUCCCCCCUGCCGCCCUCAAGUACCUCACAGACCCCCCCAUGGCCCUCAAGUACCUGAGCGACCCCCACCACAGCAGCAGCAACGGGGCAGCCGCCGAACCCAGAGAGCACCAGGACGAUCGACCCGUGAACCUGCGUGUGGUCAGUCAGAGCAUGGCGGAGGGAGAGCUGCCUCUGGGGAAGCAGCUGGCCAACGAGCUGAAGCGCCACCACAACCACGGCACCAUCAACACCAACCACGGCACCAUCAACACCAACCACGGCACCAUCAACACCAUCAACAGCAGCAACCACACGGGCGGGACCAGCAACGGGACGGAGGAGGGCAAGGCAGUAGAAAACGGCACAACGCAGCGAGUCCCGGGCCCCGCUGAGAAGAAGACCAUCAAGUCAGAACCAGACGACUCCACAUAG